ACCAAGGCGGGAGCGCGGAGGGGGAGACGGAAGCCGCGCGGCGGGCCAGGACUGCAGCCUGCUGGCGGCCAGCCCGAGCCCGCGCACGCCCCCUCCUGCCGCGCCAGAUGCCGCCGCCCGGGCCCCUGGAGCGCUGACCACGCGCGGCGCCGGCGAUGGGCCCCCGCAUCCGCUGCACCGUCCGCGGCCUCGGCCCCGCGUCCAAGCCCUCGCCGCGGCUCACGCCGGUGCUGCUGAAGCUGAUCGAGGAGCUGCUCAAGAAGCCCCGCCGCAGGGGGCCCCUCCGCCACUCCCUGGUGCUGGUCGUGCAGAAGAGGUGCUGCGGCCGCAGCCCGCCCGGCGGCCCCGCCGAGAACAGGUCAUGAUGACGGGGAACCCCAAAGUGGCGGAGCUCUUGCUGCGCAACGGAGCCGAUCCCAACCGCCCGGAUCCCGCCACCGGCGCCCUGCCGGCUCACGACGCAGCCCGCGAGGGCUUCCUGGAGACGCUGCUGGUGCUGCGCGCAGGCGGCGCUCGCCUCGAUGCCCCGGACGGCGCCGGGCGGCUCCCCAUCCACCUGGCCGAGGCGGCCGGCCACCGCCACGUGGUCCGUUUCCUGCGAGCCCAGACGAGCGGCCAAGCCGGGAGAGGGGCGACCCGCUAGCAGCCAGCAGGAGGACGCCCGCCGCCGGUGACAGGCGCUUCCCACUCAAAAAAGAGUAUAAUGCGAAUAAAAGGGAAUCCGACCCGCGGAGUCCUUGUGUUGCAUCUGCCUUUCGCCACCCCGGGUCUUUCCAGCACACGGACUUGAAGGGCUUUAGAGUCCAGACACCUUUGGAUUAUUUCAGCUGAGUAGCCGCCUUGGUCUGCGGAAGAAGAGCCAGAUCUGGGUCUAGUAGCACCUUAGAGACCAACUAGAUUUUAAAGGCCCCGCUGGACCCGAAUCUUGCUCUUCUGCCACAGACCAACACGGCCACCCCCCUGGAACUAUCUUCACAGAAGCCUCCGCAUUCAGCCGCCUGGAGUAGAAAUCCGUCAACCAGGGAGGGGGUGGGGGACGACCCUUUAGCAGCUACAGACUGAUACCACUUUUCUUACCAAAUGCGAAAAACGAUAUUAUACCUAAGGGACUGAGAACUGAAAAUCCACUACAAACCACUUAAAAUCUAGUUGGUCUGUAAGGUGCUCCUGGGCCCGAAUCUUGGCUGUCCCUUUGGAUUGUGUGGCAAGCAUUCCUGGGCUCAGGCGCAAUUAGGAUAUAGCGCCCCCCCCCAAGCAUAGCAAGUGCCCCCCUAGCACGAUCCCAAAUGGUGGCUGAGCCCCUUUAAAAUGCGGUUGGCAUAAUGCCAGGAUCUAAACUGCGGGCAAUGCAGCUGGUGUUUAAGCCCCGCCCCGCCCGGCUUGCAACUCCUCCCUCUUGGAGGCCUUUCAAAAGUCUCACGAAAGCGCCGGCCGCAGCCUUUUCCGGACCCCACCAGGCUCUGCCUUUCGCCGCCCCGGAAUGAGGCGAGGAUCCCCGUGGCAUGAAUCGCUGUGAUCCUCGUCCGUUUCCAGGCGGCCCUUCUCACUAAACAGAGACCCUUGCCCGCAAAACUGGUAAGGAAUUUUUUAUGACCCCUAGUUCAAAGACCUAGCGCACCAGUUCCACUUUUUGAACCCAUAAAGCAAAGGACCAAAACACGUGUUAGCGUUGGAGAAUGCUUAGGUGUGAACAGGCCCCUUAAAAAAAAAAACUCCAGUAAGUGGGGUGAAAAGGCUUCUUUGUGAACAUGUUGCAAAAGGAGGCUUGGCUUUGUUCGAAAUUACUGUUUUGUGUGUGUUGUUUAAAAAGUGUUAAGCGGCCCUGUAAAAAUGGCAGUAAAGAGCUGGAGUCCAGUAGCACCUAUAAGACUAUUAGUGGUAGGGUAUGAGCUUUCCUGAGUCGCGGCUCACAGGUAUCUGAAGAAGUGAGCUGUGACUCACAAAAGCUCAUACCCUCCCACAAAUUUUGUUGGUCUUAUAGGUUCAACUAGACUCUUGCUGCUUUCUACUGCUACAGACAGACAAACACGGCUACCCAGCUUGAUCUGUAAAAAAUGGGUUAGUGCUGCUGUAAGUUCUAUUGCACUCAUUUAAACAGUGAAAACAUGA